AUGCUUGAGGUCAAGGAUUUCUUCGUCCCUGUACUGGAUAUCGUGAAUUGCACCUUAUCAUUUCGGAUCAAUGUGCCAGGAGUGUUCACGGUUUCCUGGUACUAUUGCGUUGGACACCCUUUUCCUGUACUCCUUCAAGUGCGAGAAUCCGCAUUCGGUAACUAUUGGGUUACAAAAGUUGAACAGGAUGAAGUCGUCUCGGCACUCUCCAUGCCGAACGUCUCGAGUUCGAGCGAGCUAAGCAAGCCGUUACUGGCAUCAUCCUACUUUAUUUAA